AUGGUCGGACGACGACGACGGACGUCGUCGAAUUCGACGACCGGCACUCUCGACUACGACAACGGAACUUUUGCCAAAGAGCUAAGCGUUCUCAAGAGACAUGAGCCCGAACUCGACGCCGAUGAGGAUACCGAGCUGCUGCAGACCUUCGUUCUGGAAGACGCCACAGUUUGCGAUAAGACAGGUCGCCUCGUCGAGCUGUUUACCGUUAAUACUCAAGGCCCAUUCAUUGUUCGUGGCCGAGUGAUUAUCGACGAUGCGCAGAAGUCGAGAGCCGUCAAUCCUGCUACGAGAACAGCCCUGAUCGAAACCCGCGAUUGUACCCGCUACGCUAUUGGCGUCAGCAGCAACGCACACGGUGCUAGCAACACCUACGGUGCCUGGGCUGGUGGCCAAGCAGGCUGGUACGAGAUCAGACCUCCGUCAGCAGCAUACAAGGCAAUCUACGACCAUACAAUUGAAGGCGUAUCGCUCUACUACACCAUCCUGUCAGUUAUCGAGGAGCACGUGGAGGCCCAGAAUGCGAAGCGAGGAAAGAAAGGGAAGAGGAAAGGGGGAAAGUUGGCCGCCCACGAACAGCUAAGCAUCGAAGCUUUGCUUUUCAAAUAUGCUGUCGCUACGGGCGAUGGCGUUACCUACGACGAGGCUGUUAGCCGCUGUGACGACCACGCACAGUUUCUGAUAUCCCAUUUCUACGAAGACACCGAGUUUGACUGGCCUCCGACAGUUUUCUUCGAAUGGAUGACCCAAAGACACCCAGCCACCCACGCCAAAGUCCUAGAACUGAGGAGCAAGAGGUUGAAGGGAGUCGCCAGCAACCCCCCUUUGUCUGAAGAGACCGAAGUCGUGGUCCCGUCAGUCGUUUCUGAAGAGCCCCCCGCGACGAAGACUCUUUCCAAACGGAAACAAAGAAACACGCCAUCAGAAAACAAUGGUAGCAUUCAACGGAUCGACUCGCACGACUUUGCUACCACGCAGCGAGGCACAAGAGCGACAUCAAGGGGGAAAACGAAGAAACAAUCCCCAUCCAUCAUCGAGCCGCAAGUGGAAGCAAUGGACGUAGACGACGUUCCAGAGGCCACCCCGCCCCAGACAGAGCUUGUUGAAGUGGCCCACAACCGCUCCAAUGUGGACGCUCUCCUUGAAGGUAUCGAGGAUAUUAAGCCGGAAGUUGGUCCGUUGAACGCAGCUGCAUUUCCAAAAGUCUCGUCCAAGAUUUAUUACAAGUACAAGAUUAAGGCUUAUCUGGGAGCGUCGGACAUCCUUAAAUACUACGCUAAGGAGCUGGUCGAACGCCUGGACGAGAAUGAGUGGGGUGGUUCUGGGUUCUGGAGUACACUCCAGGAGGCUGCACAAGGUCCUCGUAUUACUCUUGAGCACGUCAAACUUGAACAAAUCCCCGACAGUCUCGUCCGGCGGAAGGCAUCAACCACAGCGGGGCCGAGAAAUCGCAGCCAAGCAUUCAGCAACCAUGACGAAGCUCAAAAAGCUGCGGCCAUUGCAACUCCUCCACCAAGACGCGUUGGCCGCCCAGCAGGAAAGAUGUCGGGUCUUCGUCUGGCCGGUACCGGUGGCAAGCGACGCUUCGACCCGUCGGAUGAGAGCCCUGAGUCCGUUUCUCGAAAAGCGGCGAGGAGAUCUCAUGCCUUCGACUCUGAGGAAGAUGAUGCUAUGAAUGAUGCAAGCAGCUCCGACGAGGAAGGGUCCUCUUUGGACCCCAUGGACUCGCCUGCAGCUGUCAAGGUCGUCGUUCGAGCGGAGAACAUCCCGACCGCCAUUCCAAAAGGCCCCCAUGGCACCUGGGUCUGUGACGAGGACGACUGCGGGUUUGUGGAGCGAAACCCUGAGUCGGAGGAAGGCCGUGAGAGAAUUCACGAACACAUGCAGGACGUCCAUUAUCACGAGGUUGAGGAGCAGGUCGAGCGCAUCAGUCUCGCAGUGGCCGAAGGUGGCCGGAACCACCUCCCCAUAGAGUAUUCCUCCCCGUCUCCAUCUCCCGAUUUCAGACACCAUUUCCUUUCAGGCGUUCAGGGUGAAGUAUCUCCGUUUUGGGAGUCGGAUCCGAGUGGACCAACUACCGACAGAAUUGCAUUCUCAUCUCAAGCCGUUCCAGACGCUGGUUCGGAGCACGAAGACAAGGUUCUGCCUGGCACAUUCGAUUUGUUUCUUUACCAACCCUCUUGA